AUGACGGAGAGACCUGCAGUGAUCUUCUCCAGUCCAGAUGAUGCAGUGAUCCGGGUUCUUCUGAUGGGCAGAAACACUUGUGGGAAAAGCUCGUCUGGGAACUUGAUCCUGGGAGAAAAGAGGUUUAAAAGGCAUGAGUCUGAAGUGUGUGAGGGUCAGACUCAGAUCAGAGGGAAGCAGGUCUCUGUGAUUGAUUGUCCAGAUCUACUGGAUCCAGAUCUGAAUGAAGAGCAGCUGGAGAAGAUGAAAGAGCAGCUGCUCUCUGGAUGUUCAGCAGGUCUCAGUUCAGUUCUGCUCACCGUUCCUCUGGAGAAACCUCUGCAAAAUGAGCAACAGAUCCUGGAUUAUAUUGUUUGUUUGUUUGGUCCUGAAGUUCAGAAGUACAUCAUGAUUCUGUUCACACAUGGAGAUGAUCUGGAGGAUCUGGAUGAGACCACUGAUGAACAUCUGAAACCCAAAGAUCAUGAGGAUCUGCAGCGACUCGUGACUGAAUGUGGAGGAAAGUCUCACUGUUUCAGUAAGAUGAAGAAAGUGAAGGCUCAAGUUGAAGAUCUGCUGCAGAAGAUUGAAGGAAUGAUGACGGAGAACGGAGGGAGAUUCUUCAUCAAACAGAUGAAGAGGAGCAACAGCAAAGACGCUCGUUUGUCAUUUUUUCAGAGAGGAAAGAGCAGAUCUGGGAAAAGUGUUGAUGAAGACAUCAUGGUCUGCAGAAACAUGUCUGAAUCUUUAACAACCGUGUGAUUCAGAAACCAGCGAGAGGAACACGAUCUCAGAGAUCCACACACAGCGCUUCUUUACAGCUGUUUGUGAGGAAGAACAAAUGCUAAAAACCUACACUGCUAAUAUUUGACCAUUUCAGUAUUAGACUUUGUUGAAUCCACGUAUAAGCUCAAUAUUUCUGAUCAUUGUCCCGUCAGGAGAGCUCAGUAAACUCAUGUUUCUCCUGACAGAUUCAGUGCUUUAGCAGAUCUGAUGAUGUUUCACACUGACACUCCAUCACUUGUUCAGAGUAGGAUAAUUAUGAGAAUAAAGCUCCGUUUGCAUCGCUGCACGCUGUGUGCCAGAAUAAUUCAUCAAGAUGUCUUGUGUUUUGUGUGUCAGUGCUUCCUCCAAACACAUUUCCUCAGUCUAAUUUACUGCAACAAUACCUUAUUUCAUCUUCAGUAUU